UUCCAUACCCCUUUUCACACUCUAAAACUCAUCUUAUAACCAAAGGCGCUUUUAACCCUUCACCCACGAAUCUCAGUCUAAAACCCCAAAAUCAACACCCAAUAAACAUCAUUUCCAACGCCUUCCCCUAUCAAUUUUAUUUUUUAUACAAUUUCAUCCAGAAUCCGACGUCACAGAUUUUUUAACCACUGAUCUUUCUUCAAUUUUACUCCACAACAAUUUUCUGAUCCGCAACCCAUCACCAACAAUUUUCACUUUCCACUGAUCUACAGAUUUUUCAGUAAUUUACAGAUUUUUCCAGUAAUUUACAGAUUUCGAAUUUUUUUCAAAAUUUUGAUUAUUGGAUCUUAAAUUUAAUUUAUUUGAUCUUAAAUUGGAUUAAUUUAUUGGAUCAUAAAAUUUCUGGGAUUAAAAUUUUUUUGGGAAAAGUUAGAAAAUGUCAGAGGAUAAUCACAGAUCAGAGCUGAUUUACACGGCCAAGCUCGCCGAACAGGCCGAACGCUACGACGAGAUGGCGAAUGCGAUGAAGACUUUGGUGGAGACUUGUGUUUCAGAUAAAGAAGAAUUAACCGUUGAAGAACGUAAUUUACUGAGUGUGGCAUAUAAGAAUAGUGUUGGUUCGAGGCGUGCGAGUUGGCGUAUAGUGAGUAGUGUGGAGCAGAAGGAGGCGAGUAAGAACAACACCAGUCACAAGGCGCUCGCCCGCCAGUACCGCGUCAAAAUCGAAGGCGAACUUAACGAAAUCUGUAACAAUAUCCUCUCACUCCUCAACAAUAAACUCAUCUCCUCGACUAAUGAGAGUGAGAGUUUGGUGUUUUAUUAUAAGAUGAAGGGUGACUACUACCGUUACGUGAGUGAGUUUUCCUGUGACGACAACAAGACCAACGCCAGCACUAACGCCAAGGAAAGCUACCAACGUGCCACUGAAAUCGCAGAAAAUGAACUAAAACCCACUCAUCCCAUUAGGUUGGGAUUGGCAUUGAAUUUUUCGGUGUUUUUUUAUGAGAUUUUGAACAAGCCUCACGAGGCGUGUGAGAUGGCGAAGCGUGCGUUUGAUGAUGCGAUUACGGAGUUCGACUCGGUCUCGGAGGACUCGUACAAGGACUCCACACUCAUAAUGCAGUUACUCAGAGAUAACCUCACACUCUGGGCAUCAGACAUACAGUCCGACUCCGUCGACGACAGACAAAACAAACCCGAUGAAUAAUCUCCUACAUACUCCA